UUUAUUUCUUCGAGAGGUAUAUGGUAAGUUCCCACGCGGCGGCCAUUUUGCGAUCUUCCGCAAGAACAAGCAUUGUCUCAGGUAUAAAACCACAAUCACCAGACCCAAGCCCCGGUCCUCAGAGGUCUCCAGCAGAAACAAAGGGCAGUCAUUUGUGUGAAGACCCACAGAAAAAGACUGCUGCUGCCAGGUGAAAUUCUUAUUCAACCCCAGUUGUGUUUUUCUGAAGUGAAAGCAAGAUGGCUGAUGAUAGCAACAUUCAGUCAGGAAUUAAACGCAGUGCCAGCUCAGAAGACUUGGAAGAAGGUGGAGCAAUCAAAAGGCCCAGGAGAGGGGAUGGUCCAAGAACAGAAUUGCGCUUGUUGUUAGCUAGCAAGAAUGCUGGAGCCAUCAUCGGUAAAGGCGGUUCUAAUAUCAAGAGGCUGAGAAGUGAUUACAAUGCAAGUGUGACUGUCCCUGAUAGCCACGGUCCAGAACGUAUUCUCACAAUAGGAGCAGACUUGGGCACUGCAUUGGAAUGUCUUCUCGACAUUAUUCCAACCCUAGAAGAUUAUCAGCAGUACAAAGGCUCAGAUGACUUUGACUGUGAGAUGCGCCUUCUUGUGCACCAGAGUCAGGCUGGCUGCAUCAUUGGUAGAGCUGGAUUCAAGAUUAAGGAGCUGAGAGAGAAAACCAGCACCAGUAUCAAGGUGUACUCCCAGUGCUGUCCCCAAUCCACAGAGCGUGUGUGCGCCAUUGCAGGCAAACCAGAAAAAGUGGCAGACUGCAUUGCUACAAUCAUUGAGCUGCUGAAAACUGCUCCACCUAAAGGUGCCAACAACCCAUACAAUCCACAAGACUAUAAUGAGUUCUAUGUGGAGGAUUACGGUGGCUUCACUAGUUUUGACAACCAGAAAGGUGGAGGUGGUGGUGGCCGGGGAGGUGGACGUGGCGGAGGCCGUGGUGGACACCGUGGCGGUAUGGGAGGAGGAAGAAUGGAUGGUGGCCGUGACCGUGAUCGCAUGGGAAUGGGUAUGGGCGGUGGCGGCAUGGACCGUGGUAUGAGAGGAGGCAGGCCUGGCAUGGGAGGACCAGGAGGAUUUGGAGGAGGACGUGGUGGCCGAGGUGGUGGCAUGGGUGGCGGUGGUAUGAAUGGCAGUGGCUAUGGAGGAGGUGGUGGCAUGGGAGGUGGAAUGAGAUCCAUGGGUCGUGGAGGAAUGGGUGGAGGUGGUAUGGGCCGUGGUGGUAUGGGCGGCGGAGGAGGCAGUGGAGGAAUGGGAGGUGGUAUGGGCGGCGGCAGCGGAGGAGGAGGAGGAGGCAUGGGCGGCGGCGGUGGUGGCAUGAACCAGAAUUUUGCCUCAGAUAACAUGGGAGAUGUGGGCAACAUGUUCUGCAAUGCUACCACUACCACCCAAGUUAGCAUUCCCAAAGAUUUGGCUGGAGCAAUCAUUGGUAAAGGUGGCUCCAGAAUCCGCAAUGUCCGCCAGAGAUCCGGUGCCAGCAUUACUAUAGAUGAAGCUCUUCCUGGGUCGACUGACCGUAUUAUCACCAUCACUGGCACCCAGGACCACAUACAGAAUGCACAAUACCUACUGCAAAUGAGUGUGAAGCAAUACAGCAAAGGAGAGGCCAACUUUUAAUCGCUACCAUCAGAAAAAGAUCUUUGAGUAGAAUUUGACUGGGUGCUAUGAACACAGUCAGAAGUGGAGAGAUUUAGAGACUUCUGCUGAAAUAAUUGAAAUGCUACCUGGAGAAACUUUUCUUAUAAAUACUGGAUUUUUAUUUGUAUAAAUACUUCUUUUUUAGAAAAUAGACGAAGAAAAGAAUAUAUGAAGACUGAGUUAGAGUUAUUCAGAGAUCACUGUGAAGAUAUUUUUGAAGUAUGCCCAACUUUUUUUUUUAAUUAAAUGCACAAGAUGUUUGUUCUUAUUUGAAAAUUUGGACUAAAACUUCUGUGUGGUAUUCAACUGGUGAAAUGUUAGAAUCAGUAACUUCCAGAGUAACUUUAGAUAAGCUUACUCAGAUUAUUUUGUAUAUGGUUUUAUAUACAUACUGGGAAAUAAAACUUUGUACAUAGACUGAU